AUGGCGCGAAGGUCUGCAUGCGCAGUGUUCGCCUGGUGCGGGGCGGCGCCACUGGCCUGCUGUCGCCUGGACGUUUGGCUGACGAGUUGGCUCCGCAGACUACUUUGACGGUCCCUUUGCAGGAGUACGUGUCCUUGUAUGAGCGGCCAACGCACGAUGGGACGGGCCACCUGCCGUUGCGCGUGAGCGAGUACUUUGGCUCCAUCUCCAUGGGCACGCCGCCACAGGACUUCGAUGUCGUGUUUGACACGGGUUCCGGGAACAUCGUACUACCAACGCUGAAAUGCGCGGAUGAGGCCUGCGAGGACCACCACCGCUUUUCCAGCGGCGCCUCGCGCAAGGGGGCCACAGCUUUCGAGCGGCUCGGGAAUUUGCCAGGGGUGCGGCUGUUGGCAUCCGAUGCGCUGGCGCCCUACUCGGGCGGCUCGCGGCAGAGGAGCCGGGGCUUCGUGACGGUCCGGGAGCCGGCCAAAGGCUUCUUCAUCGCGGGGUCCAACCUGGAGGAUCUGAACGGGAUCUAUGCAGCGGUGCGCUCGGAGGGGCUGAAGAACCUCCGUCGCAAGGUGCAGAUCGCCUACCGGAAUGACAACAGCGGAUGGGUCAUGGCGUUGAUGAAAGCCCCGCCGCAGCCCAAGCGCAGCCGGCUGAACCGGUCCCGCCUGCCGGAAGGGGUGCUCUCCAGCGAGUCGGAGGAUGACUACUACACGGAGAAGUUCGAGUGGACCUUUGUGGACCAACUGGGCCGUGAGCGUUUCGCGCACAAGGGUGACACCAUCAUCCCCGGCGCGGGAUUACGCUGGUGGCAUUUGCACCGGGAGCCGAGCCAAAAGUCAAGUGAGAAGAUGCCGCAGAUGUACUGGCACGAGUGCUUGGAGGACGCCGCGGAUUUCGAGACCGCCGACGAGGCCGAGGAUGGCUCGGAGGGCACCGCGUCGGACGCCGAGUCCGAAUCCGAGCGGCUGCCGUGGGACCCGGACGCUGGCACGAUCAUGGAGCCGGUGAAGGAUGACGAGGAUGAGCUGCCAUGGCAGGUCAUCGCAGUUCUGGACUACAGCGUGAUCCGCGACCUGCGGUACAGCCUGCGCCGCUACGAGCGCACCUGCGAGGCUGCCAGAGCUGGCGCCAACCUGCCGAAGCCGUCGCCGCACAGCUUGGAGUUCUGCUGCCAGCAGCCCCGCUGCUGGGUCUACCGUGUUGUGGCGCCCGGAGGUGUGGCGGUGCGGGUGCAGCCCAAGGGAUUCGCCAAGUCUUGUGGGCGCCGGGACUUCGGUCAGUACGUCUGUGGAAACGAGCUGGAAGGCGCCUGGCUGCGCUUGGCCGGGCCCAGCGAGGAUAGUGAGGACGAGACGGGCCAGUGGAUCUGCGUGCAGGAGAAGGGCAAGGUGAUGCUGGAGGCGGUGUCGGGCGCCGACCUGGGCCGUGGGGAGGUGCCGGUCGAAGUCGCCCUCGAUGGCGCGGGGGACUUCGACCGGCCCUUCGAGCCACGGCUCCAGGCCCCCGACUUUCAGCAGCCGCCGGAGGAGGAGCCUGAGGAGGUUCUUGACAUCAAGGACUUCGAAGACAAGGAGGAGGUGGCUGGGCGCGGCCAGGGCACUGCCACACCGCUGGCUGUGGGCUGCGGGUGUGUUCUGCAGGGUCUGGCUGACGUUGGAAAGAACGGCCAGGCUUGCACGGUCCUGAAGAUCGCAGAGGGCCCCGAGGGCCGCUGCGUGGUGCAGCUCGCUUCGGGCGCCAAGCUGGCAGUGAGGGCUCCGAAUCUGCGGCCUGAGCGGAAGCCAAACGAGCCGGAGCUGCAGCACGCCGCGAAAGUGCUGGGCCUGCCAUGGGAGGCCAGCGACGCCGGCCCGGCGACGCUCCCGCGGGGGGUGCUGCCGCGGCGGGCGCGCCUGGGGGCGGCGCUGCGGGCGGCGCAGCGGGACUUCGCGGAGGCGCCGGAGGCGCUGCUGGAGGCGCAGAAGGCCCACGACGCCUGGGCCGCAGCUUUGGGAGUCGAGAAGGAGGAGGCGGCGGAAGAGGAAGCGGUGGCGCCCCACGUCUUCGUGGAGGAGGGCGUCUUGGGCAGGAGGGCCGCCCAGGCGGCCCAGGAGGCCGUCAACCAGCAGUCCAUGAAGACGGUGGAGCUGGGUCUCAUGCAGCUGCGCCAGCUGCUCAGCGACGAGCACCGGCGCCAGGCCGCGGAGUUGGGCCUGGCCUGGCCGGUGCCGGCGGCGCAAAACCACCGCCUGCCCAAGGAGUCCCAGGAUGCCCUACGCCUGCGGCUGACACUCGUGCAGGCGCUGCUGAGGUGCCGCCAGGAGGAGCAGGCGGUCCAGGAGGCAGAGGCCUGCGUACGGCGCCACCCCGAAACCGCGGCCGCGUUGCUGUGGGCGGGCCGCUGCCUGCUGCGCACCGGACGACGGGAGCAGGGCAUGAAGUGUCUCUCCAGGGCCCUGGAAGGUGGUGGUGUGGACGUGGCGUGGGGCCGGCAGGGCGCGUCCGUGCGAUUGCAGAGCUUCGCCAAGGUCGAGCGCUGCAAAGUCUCCGCGGAGGACGCCUAUGCCUACGGGGACUUCCCUACGGCGGCGAAUCGCUACGGUGACGCCCUCGACAGCUGCCCCAGUGACGACCGCUGGGGCCGCGCCACACUGCUGGUGGCUCGCGCGGCAUGCCACCGCCGGGCCAGGGACUUCCGCAAAGCGGAGGAGGAUUGCGACGCGGCGCUGCAGCUCUUCCCCGGCUACGCUCGCGCGCUCUUCCGCAAGGCCGCCUGCCUCCUGGAGGCUGGGCGCCCCGCAGAGACCAUCAAGACCCUGGAGGCCCUGCUGCGCAUCGACCGCCAGUGGCCGGAUCUGUGCGACUGGCUGGUGCGUGCCCAUGCGCAAGCCAAACGCUUGGAGAAAGACGACCGCCGCAAGCCCAGAGGUGCCCCCACCGGAUCCACUGGAUCCAUCGGCUCCGGAUCCGCCCCCGAGUUGACAGCAUCGGAUCUCUAUGCAGUCCUCGGGGUGUCGGCAGAUGCCACGGACCAGCAAUUGAAGCGCGCGUAUCGGCUCAUGAGCCUGAAGUACCACCCUGACAAGCAGGGCGGCUCAACGCGGGACUUCCAACGCAUCGCCACCGCCUACGAGACUUUGUCUGACCCUGGCAAGCGACGGGCCUAUGAUGACGGAGCCGACCUCAAGAAGAAGGAGGAUAGUGAUGAUUCAGACCGGGAGGAGAAAUCUCUUCGAGAAGAAGUGGAGCGGAAGUACUUCCCCGAGCGCUUCAAGUACUGGCCCUUUGGGGACCCGUUCAUCGAGAAGCGCAAGCUGUACGCCCGUCGUCGAAAGGAAGCUGAGCAAAAGCACCUUAGCUGUGAUACCAACUUUAUGGAGGGGGAGGGAGGCCCUCGUGCGACGCUGGUAGUUUCGAUUCCGGCUGCAAAGAUGGCUGGAGGCAACUUCAGCGGAACGGCUGCGCAGGGCAAGGUUGAAGUGAAAGCAGGCUCCGCGGUGCAGCUGGCCCUGGAGGAUGGCACCGUGCUGCGCUCCGGCCAGGAUCGCGACACCACCACCAUCACUUACGGCACCGGCAAGCUGACCGGCGAGUACAUCCAGGACACGCUUUGCCUGCGCCAAGGAAAUGGGGCUGUUGGCCCUGCAGAUACGUCCAUGUGUCUGAAAGUGGACUUCCUCGGUGUGACGCAGGAGUCCCGGUUCCCCUUCACGGAGCUGCCCUUUGAUGGGAUCUUCGGCCUGGGACUGGGCGGCUUAUCGGCAGGACCAUCUUUCAACUUUGUCAACCGCUUGGUGGCUGCCAACCGAACCAUCAGCAACCCGACCUUCGCAUUUUUCUUGAGGCGGCUAGAUGCUGAUGAAGACAGCGAGAUCACCUUCGGGGGGUACAGGCAAGAGCGGUUAGAGGGAGAAGUCGCCUGGCUUCCGGUGCCAAAAAACGAAGCUGACGAGAAGGGGUACUGGUUAGUCACCAUGCGCGACGUGUAUGUCCAGGACAAGCCUCUCCACCUCUGCGACGGCGGAUCACGCUGUCAGGUGGCCUUGGACACCGGCACGGCGCUCAUGAUGGGCCCCCGCCGCCAUGUAGCAAGCCUCCUGCGGGAGAUGAGCUGUCAGCCCAUCCCUUCCAUUCGCUUUGAGAUGGACGCAGCUGAUGGAGGCACCUUCAACGUGGUGCUGGAGGCGGAGGACUUUGCGGAGGUGAAGGGCAGCGACUGCGCCUUUGCUUUCCAGCCUGUGGAUUUGCCGCCCAGCCUUGGGCCAAUGUGGGUCUUCGGGCAGACCGCUCUGAGGAAGUACUACACCAUCUACGAUGCCAAAAAGUGGCAGGUCGGUAUCGGCCUGGCGAAGCAUUCAGCCAAGAAGCGCCAGGGUGCGUUGGCUCAGGCUGGCGCCACCGAUGCGCCGAAGAAGGAGCCGGAGGUUUGCGAGGAUGACAACAAGAACAUGGUGUGGAACCAUCUUCCAGGAUGCAAGUCCUUUGCCUCCAUGGGCUAUUGCCACCGCUUCUCGCCGCUGGCCAGAAAGUACUGCCGCCUGUCGUGCGCGCUCUGCACAGUCGGCGACGCUUCGGCUGUGGAGCUGGUCGGCGAGAAAGAUUUGCAGGAGAGCUCCUCCGCUCCGGUUCAAGUGGCUGGCUCCGGGAUGAGCAUCUCCGGCGCACGCCGUGGUGUUGUGAAGGUGCGAACGCUCGGUCCAGAAGAGUCCUGCAGCUUGGCGCCAGCUACCAGAGCGGUGCAAGAGAGCUGGCAGUCCAGUCGGGUACCGACACUGCAGGAGUCCGGGAAAGUCGCGAACUCCGUGUCGGCCAAAGGAAAGGCUUCCAACGAAGCCCAUGGCGAUGCAGCAGGAUCCAAGGGAAAAGAAGCGAAGGUAGCAGGCAAGAAAGAAGUCGCCAAGGAGAAGGAGAAAAAGAAGGAGCCGGCGAACGGCAAGGCUGAGAAGGCCAAAGAGAAGGAUAAAGAAAACGUAAAAGAGAAGCCGAAGGAAAAGGAGAAGCCCAAAGACAAGGAGCGUGAAAAAGAGAAAGACAAGGACAGGGCGAAGGAGAAGGAGAAGGAGAAGGAGAAAGAGAAGGAGAAGGAGAAGGAGAAAGAGAAAGAGAAGGAAAAGGAGAAGGAGAAGGAGAAGGAAAAGGACAGACAGAAGGAUAAGGAGCACAAGGAGACAGACGCUUCGGAGUCGAAGCGCGACAGGAAAACAAGAGAGAGGAGCAGAAAGCGUAGGGACUACUCCUCUGACAGUGGCUACAGCAGGUCGAGAGACCGCAAGAAAAGGCGGGAGAAAAGUCGGCAUCGAGACCGAGAUCGUGAUAAGCAGCGGGAUCGUGACCGCGAUCGUGAAAGAUCGCGAAGCAGGGACGCAACCAGUCGCACAGCAAAGGCUCCAGAAUCGGCGGUGGCAGUGCGGCCGACUGCGCCUGUGAAGUCCGCUGCCGUCCGCAUCCAAGCAUCGCGGAUUGGCAUGUGGAGAGCUGUUUGCUGCCUCAAAGCCAUGCGACCCAUUGCAGAGGACCAGGAGUUGGCACUGCCGGAGGACAAAGUGAAGCCGGUGCUGCAGGUCUUCGAUCGAUAUUUCCAUGGCGAGUCCAAAAUCAGCGCCUUGGGCAAAGACGUUCUCCGGCAGGUUUUGCUGGUCAUCGGCGUUGGGGAGGCUGAGGCGGACCGGCUGCUGUCCCGGGCAGAGACCAACGAGGAAGAGGUUUGCUAUCGGGACUUCUUCAAGUUUGUCUUCCAGAAGGUCGAACAACAGGGGGAGCCGGUGGCGCUUCGGCCGCGCGUGCGGAAGCUGUCGCGGCAGGUGGAGGAGCCGUUUAUCAUCAGCUACUUCCGUCGCACCUUCGAAAGGAUUUGCCACUCCCCGCGGCAAGGGCUCACCAAGAAGCAGCUACAUGAGGUGCUGGAGAGCUUUGAGGUGAGCCUGCCGGGCCAGAACACGGAAACCUCGGAUGUGGUCGCCCACAUCUUUGAACAGAUCGACCACAACGGGGACGAGCAAAUCUGCUGGGAGGAGUUCUACACGUGGCUCACCCGCUGGGACCGGCUGCAUGACGAGAGCGAGGAGGCGGCAAGGUCGUUGUUCACCUUCCUCGACCGCGAUGCCAACGGCACCAUAGAUGCAGAUGAGAUGAUGAAUGCGCUCAUGCUGCUCAGCGAGUACGAGUCCAAAACGAAUGCCAAUCACUCAUUGGCAGUGACUCCUGCGGAGGCGGGCUUGAUUAUCCGUGACCUCGACCCAGACAACGACUCUGGCGGCAUUGACUACCACACCUUCUUGGAGAUUUUGCGCGCCGCCCGCGCGCCGGAGGUGAAGAAUCAGCUGCCGCACCUGGUGCUGAACUUUGAUGUGAACAACACAGUGGUCAUGUUGGAUUCUGCCACGGGCGCCGACUCCAAGGGCCUCAUUUGUAUGGUGCUGUCCAACUCGGCCUGGGGGCAGAUCCACUACGACUCGGCCGGCGUGGCGCUGAGCUGGGAGUGCCGCUGCUCGGAGUUGAGCCCGGAGCAGCCAGAGACGGGGCUCCACACCUACUCGGAGUUUGUCGUGCUGCAGCACCCCUUCCCCGCGAAGAGCGCGGACAAGGCGGCCUGGCGUGCGGCUGCGGAGGAGGUGAAGGCUGCGCGGAGGCAAGCCCUUUGGGCCUUCACAGACGCUGGCAUGCCCGGGGAGGCCUUCCAGCGUGACGUGGAGCUCAUGGAGCAGCAGCUGCAGCUGCCCCCCAACCUGCGGAGCUCACAGCUGGCGAAGCUCGCGGGGCUUGGGGACACCGUGCAGCUGCUGCCCUCCUUCCUUCAUUUGCUGCGAGAGCUGAAGCGGCAGGGCCGAAGCUUCACUCUGAUCUUCCGGACCUUUGGGAAUGACCUGCCGAAGUUGCAGAAGGAGCUGCAAGCCUUGUGCGAGGGCUGGCACCCCUUGUUCAGCCAUGAGCCGGAGGUGGUCCUGGACGGCUCUGAUGGGCAGCCGGACUACCGCAUGAAGAUGGACUCGGAGGGCUGCGGCACCUUUUUCCGGAACCCUGGCGAGGAGGACUUCAUUGCACUGGUCAUGGGCACGAUCGAUCAACCCAAGACUAUGGAGGAGGGUUUGGCGUAUUGCCGAGAUCGAGCUGGCGUAGCCAUCCAUGAAGGGGUGAACCAAGUCUUCAAGCAGUACAACAAACUGUCGACCCAGCAGCGCACCUUUGCUCUCAGGGAUUACUACCCAGGCUGGGCAGCGACGGGCAGUACCUCUCGUGGAGGCAAGCCCUUCUUCCUAAGGAGACUGGAUGCGGCCGAGCACUGCAUUUUUUUUGACGACCACAUCAGUCCGCUGGAUGCGAAGAUUGUGGAUCCCGUGGACGCGCACCUCUGGCCCCGGCGCUUCAGCAGCGCGCAGCUCUUCGGCGCCCACCUGGUGCAAGCGCAGCCCUUGCUUUCCAUCCGCGACAGGGACUACUUCGUGAAGUGCCUGCAGAGUUGCGAGGAGGCGCGUAGCGCCAAGCUGCAUCGCUGGCACAAGCUGAAGCGAAUGGUGGCGGACCUGGACGGAGUGCGGAAGGUGCUGGCGGGCUUCAUCGACAGCUCCCUGCCCCGCAACACCGCCUUCCGGCCCUGGAGCCACAGUCGCCAAGUGGCGCGGGCCCAGCAAGUGCCCACCUUCGAGGACGAGUUUGAGUUGCCGGCUUUGUCCUGA